AUGCUCACCGGGGAUCUGGUCGCCGUGUGGGAGGUGGCUCUCAGUGACGGCGUGUACCGGGUCGAGUUCGCUCAUGGAACCACCACAGGGAAACGGGUCGUUCAUGUCAACGGACAGGUGAGACUGUGAGUUUGUCAGAUGGUCGGGUGGUGAAGUUUCUUUCUUAAAGCAGAUUUUGUUCCAUUUUCAGAGUUUUAGAGUCUGAACAAAGAGGGAGCGGACAGAGUUUCUCUGAAAAAUCUGGAAAAAGUUUUAAAAAAUCAGUUUUUACACAAAUACUCUGUCCUGUGUGACCCUGCGGAGUUACAUCACCUCAUUCAGAAAAAACAGCAACCAGUUUUAAAAUUCAGCCGAGUUCAAAAGUGAAGGAAAGAGCAGAAAGAAACAUAUAAGGAUGAUAAAAAUGAGUGUUUAGAGAUCACUUUUUAAAAAAGAUCUGACAAAAAAAAACAUUAAACACACAAAACAGCAGAAAGAAGAAUUUUGAACCAAACUAAGAGACGACUAUGACAGAUUAAAUAAAACAAAAUGAAAGCUAAAAGUCGAAAGGUUUGAAAAAUAGACACAUAAAGAAAAUAUAUAUAAGAAAAAAACAUGUCAACAAUACUCUGACAGACAAUAAUAAUCAGCCAUAUUUGAGAUUAUUGUUCGUAGCACCACUGAAAACAGAGUUUGAUGCUGAAGUCAGUUUUAGAUUGAAGUGUCCUGUUUGGACGGAGCAGGAUCCCAGACUGUGGACUGUCCUGAAGCUCACAGACAGACCCCCCCCAAAACACUUAAAGAUUAUGAUUAAAAUCUUGAAAUCACUUUUUGGAGGAGGAGCAAAAUAUGGAGCUGCAACUCAUCUGUUCGCCCUGUGAUUCUGAAAAAAACAAACCAAAACUUUCUCUAUCUUUAAUUCAAGUCCUGAUUUCUCCUGAAGUCUAAUCCAGAGCGAAUAAACGGCUUUGUUUAGACGUUUAUCUGGAGGUGAAGGAGUAGCACCUUCUGUGUGUUUGUGUGUGUUUGUUUGGUGAGAAGGUUCCUUAUAUAAAGCUCCAAACAGCUGCCGGUUAUUUUAGUUAAGCAUGGAUUACAUAAUCCAAUGCUCAGAUUUAACAAACAAGCGUGUUAAUCUGGGAUCCACAGAGGUGCUGACGCCUGGAUUUUGUUCCCCUUGGGUUGAGGGAGGUUUGGACCCGACCAGAGUGAAAUCAUUACACUCUUUUACAGUGUCUUCUUUGUGUAGAUGGUCCCUUCCACCCAUGAUAUUCGCCUCAUGAAUAUAUACUUUAUGUUUGUUUGGAGACUAAAAUUUCAGUAUUUUUGUGACCUCAGGUAACCUUCAGGUGGGUUCAUAAUCCCUGUGGUACAACUAUCUGAUCGAAGUCCAUGCAGAGUUUUAGUUUCCUGUUCCUGCUGAGACAUCUGAUGAAUGAAUGAGUGAGUGAAUGAAUUGAUGCACACACUGCAGCAGGUGGUUUUUGUCCCUGUGGUGACAGCAGACGACUUGUUCCCCGUGCAGGAAGUCAUCAGGAAGGACUGGAUGUUCAAGCUGGUCGGACAGGAAACCUUCACGGUUGGAAGCUCCAACACCAAAGCCACCAUCUUCAUCGAGGCGAUCAGCGGCUUCGCCUACGAGUACACGCUGGAGGUGGACGGCAAGAGUCUGCAGAAGUUCACCGACAACAGGGCCAAGAUCACGAAGACCUGGCUGCUGAAGGUGGACGGGGAGGACUGCAGGGUGGUCCUGGGUGAGAGUGGAACGUUUAGCUGCAGGUUGAUUGUGUAACUGCAAAACACUCAGUGUUUGCAGGAGGAGGGCAGGUGACCCACUGAAGCUUAAUCUGCUCAGGGUGAGAGUGGAGCAGUUAUUUAAGGAAACAUCCGCCUGCUGCCGCUCUAAACCGCUGUGCAUGAUUUAAUUUAUUCAGCUGUGUGUAACAGCAGUGUGUUAUUAUGAAACAGAGAAAUGUUCCUUCACUGAAACAUCUCCUCUCCUCUUGUUAUCAGAAAAGGACACCAUGGACGUUUGGUGCAACGGGCAGAAAAUGGACACAAAGGUAAGAAAUCCUCCAAACUCUGAGCCUGAGUGUGACCAAGAUUCAAGUAUGAUAUGAAAGUAGAAACAUCAAACAUCUGAAAAUCAGAUUUGAACCAUAACAAAGAAAUAAAAGAAAGUAACGUCUGAGUGUACAGUGAAACUCUGAGGAUUCAUCACUGAGUUCAUGUCCCACAGGGAGAGUUUGUGGACGACGGCACAGAGACACACUUCAUGUUGGGGGAACACGAAUGCUGCAUCAAGGCGGCGAGCAGUGGGAGGAAGAGGAGCGGCAUUGUGCACUUUUUACUGCUGGAUGGAGAGAAAGUUCCAGCUUCAACACAAUGAGGCCGGAGCAGAGAGCUGGAGCAGAACUGAACUGACAAAAAACAGACUCUGUGAAUGAGGUCCAAACACCACCCACAACUCCUGAAGGUGCUUUAUUUUGAAGGAUCUUUAAUAUUUACAAAAAAACAGAUGUGAUUAUGUUCAUGUCAACAUAACAAAUAAACACUGUUGUUUUAUCUCUC